GAAACGAAAGUGAAAGCAUGUGUUCGUGCGUCAGCUCAGCUCAUGACGCAGUUGGCAAAGACAAAUGUAAGGAAGUGGAUGUGGAAUUAUAUUUUUUAAUGUAGCCUACGCAAAGCAUAAACAAGGAUCUGCAGUCUCAAAAAAGAGCAUCCAAAGAUCAUUGCCAUUACUGUUGUGUAAGUGCCAAAAUGCCAGUGGAAUUCAGUGGAUGGACGACAUACUGUGAUAAAUCAAAGCACCUUAAACCAGGUCAAGAACCCAAAAAGAGCCAUGGCUACACUAUGUACCAUGGGACACUCAAAACCAAUGCCCCAGCUAUUAUAUCAUCAGGGUUUCGGCCCUCUGCUGGGGGAACUCUGGGUCCUGGAGUCUACUGUAGUAGGGACAUUAACAAAGCAAUGGGUUACCCAGCAUGUGCUCCCAAUGACAGAGUUGUGUUUAAGCUACGAGUAAGAGUGGGUAAAGUGAAAAGGUUUGACAUGCAAAGCCUGAACCAGAUGACGUCGUGGCAUCAGAAUGGAUAUGAUACGGCCUGGUUACCUGCUUCUGUUAAUGGACGUGAGGAGGACUGUGUUUUUGACCCAAAGAGACUCACUGUGAUUGGGAUAGCCCAUUGCACAGACUCCAGUGCUAAGAGUUCUCUGGAGAGUCUCAUAAAGCAGAAAAGCCAAUCGCAGGACCCGGAGGGGAAAGAUCUGAAGCUGUGUAAAGGCUGUGGAAUGCAAACAGAGGAUAAACACACAAUGGAGAAAUGCUGGUCCUGCAAAGCAUCCAUAUGCCCCUUCAUGAAGAAUCAUGUUUGCCGAAGGAAAGGGAAGUAACCCGAUACACUUUAAUUAAAUAUAAUCUGUAAAGUGAUUUUGA